GCACUGCUCGCUUCGCUUUUCAGUGGAGCGGUUGCUGCAAAUUCAACCUCCUUAACUCAUAGCUGUGCGCAGGGAGCAGAAAAUGACUGCCCAAACGACCACCAGGCCCCCCAAAUGUUGCUGCUUCAACAUCAAGACAGCAACAGUCGCUCUAGGGAUCUUCCACAUGGUUAUGAGUGUUUUGCUGCUGAUUGAGUACUCCUUGGAGGUGGCGAGCGGAAAAGGCUUUUGCAAAGACCUGGAUAAGGAUUACUACAGAAUUGCUGAUGUCAUCACCAGUUUCCUGUUGAUCAUCAUGUUGUUUGUCAUCAGCUUCAACCUCCUCCUUGGUGUGGUGAAGAAGAGGGAACGUCUCCUGAUCCCGUUCCUUGCUCUACAAGUCAUAGACUUUCUCCUCAGCCUCCUAACAAUGUUCAGUUCCUACCUACAAGUCCCAGCGAUUGUUUCUGUGUCCUCCCUUAGCCACACGCAGGGACGCUCGAAGAUCCCUUUCCUAGCUCUGCAGCUGCUGGACUUCUGCCUGAGUAUUCUCACUCUCUGCAGCUCUUACAUGGAGGUCCCUACCUAUCUCAGCCCCAAGUCUUCAGACAACGGGAGCUUUUUGCCAACCCUGGAGAAGUUACCAACCGAGGAAUAUGCCAAAGUGAUGGUCACCUUCACCAUUGCAUUCAUUGCUGUCCUCUUCCUGAAGGCCUAUAUGUUCAAAUGUGUCCUGAGCUGCUUUAAGUAUAUAAAAGCCAGCAAGAGAGAGGAGGCCAAAGUUGACUCGCAAGCAGUUGAAAAGGCUGUGCUGCCAUCAUAUGAGGAAGCUUUAGAGUUGCCUUCCAAGGAAUCCCCACCACCCUAUGUAGCAGUCUAAGCUCUACUCGUGGAGAGAAGAUGACAUCUGUGGCUCUUACCCCUUCUGUCAGAUAGUCAGCCUCAUUGAGAAGUCCUUACUUUAUAGCAGUAUCAUGCUUAUUACAAUCCAUCUCACUUUAUGAGCCUACAAAGAGUAAUGGUGAACCACUGGAGUUG